UGUCAUUUUUCACCGCCAAUGCAUUUGGCAGGUUCCUGGUUCAAGGCAGACGUAAUGGCUAUGAUUCAAAAUGCUAUCGCAACAGGCUCCACCCCGAGUAAUUCAGACGCUUUCACAAUCAAUGGUCAACCAGGGGACUUAUAUGAGUGCUCGAAUGACACAACAUAUCGCUUACCGGUUGAAUCUGGCAAAACUUAUCUUCUUCGCAUUGUGAAUGCUGUAAUGAACGAAGAACAAUUCUUCGGAAUUGCUAACCACAACCUCACAGUUGUUGCGCAAGAUGCUGCAUACAUAAAACCAAUAAAUACAAGUUACAUAAUGAUAACUCCUGGACAAACCAUGGAUGUUUUGUUCACAGCAAACCAAAAUCUCAGCCACUAUUACAUGGCGUCGACGCCUUACGUCGAUAGUGGUAUUCUAUUUCCCAACACCACCACCACAGCAAUUGUUGAAUAUGAAGGCAACUAUUCUGCCCCUUCAUCUCCUUUCUUCCCAUCCCUUCCAAGUAACACUGACAUAACUUCUGCAUUAAACUUUACUAAUCAAAUAAAGAGCUUAGCCAGUAACGAGCAUCCCAUCAAUGUUCCCAAAAAUAUCAGCACGCGAAUCUAUAUAACCGUUUCUUUGAAUCUAUUGUUGUGUGCCAACGGCUCGUGUGAUUCCGGCACUGGUGAUAGACAAGCCGCCAGCUUAAAUAAUAUUAGUUUCGCCACUCCUCAAAUCGAUAUACUACAAGCAUACUACAGGAAUUUGACAAACGGAACUUUCGACCGCGAUUUCCCAAGCGAGCCACCAUUUUUUUUCAAAUUCACAGGAGAUGUGUCAAAUGUAGGAGCGUUCACAGCGCAAGGGACAAAGGCAAGGAUGAUAAAUUAUGGUGAAGUGGUGGAAAUUGUCCUCCAAGGGACAAAUAUUGGAAAUGCACCGUCAAGUCAUCCAAUGCAUUUACACGGUUUCAGCUUCUAUCUGGUUGGAACGGGUUCAGGAAAUUUCAACAAUGUCACUGAUCCACUCUCUUAUAAUUUGGUUGACCCACCUGUAGUUAACACCAUUAACCUCCCAAGAAGUGGAUGGGCUGCAAUUCGGUUUUCAGCUGACAACCCCGGUGUGUGGUUUAUGCAUUGCCAUUUAGAGAGGCAUUCAACAUGGGGCAUGGACACAGUUCUCAUUGUACAGAACGGGCGUUACCAGAACCAGAGCAUGCUGCCACCACCAGCUUACAUGCCUCCUUGUUAUUAAUUUGUCUUGUGCUUAAUUAAUUAAGUUGUCGUAGCUCCUGUUUAAUUGAUUACAAUUUUAGUAAUAUGGAAUGUACUUCAAUAAAAACAUUAAAAAUGUUAUCUGAUAAUUAAUUUGCAUUUGUAUUGAUGGAA